CAACCAAUAAAAAAAUUGCGCGUGCAACGCUAUACUUCUCAUAAUAGGGCACUUGUUUUCGGCUCUAUGUUAAUCUUAGAACUCCUGUUGUAACUAUUUGACAUAGUGUCCCAUUCACCGCGUUGGAAAUUGUUCAAGUAUGGAAAGAUAUAUUUUAAGUUUAAGUAUUAUAUAUGCAGUGCUUAAUAUUGCAGUAGGCACAGUUUAUUUUGAGGAAAAUUUUUUGGAUGAUUCUUGGAAAAAUUCUUGGAUUAGUAGUAAACACCCUGGAAAGGAAUUUGGCAAAUUUAUUUUAAGUUCUGGAAAGUUCUAUAAUGAUCAAAAUUCUGACAAAGGUAUUCAAACAUCCCAAGACGCAAAAUUUUAUGCGGUGUCGAAAAAAUUUCCUCCUUUUUCUAAUGAGGAUAAGCCUCUAGUUGUUCAAUUUUCUGUGAAACACGAGCAAAAUAUUGACUGUGGUGGCGGCUAUAUAAAACUUUUUGACUGCUCUCUGGAACAGACCGACAUGCAUGGAGAAUCUCCGUACGAAAUUAUGUUUGGUCCAGACAUAUGUGGACCCGGAACGAAGAAAGUUCAUGUUAUAUUUAGUUACAAAGGCAAAAAUCAUUUGAUCAAUAAGGAAAUUCGCUGUAAAGAUGACGUAUUCACCCACUUCUACACAUUAAUUGUAAAGCCAGAUAAUACCUAUGAGGUAUUAAUUGAUAGUGAAAGCGUUCAAACUGGUAAUUUAGAAGACGACUGGGAUUUCUUACCGCCCAAAAAAAUUAAAGACCCAAGUGCAAAAAAACCGGAGGAUUGGGAUGAUAAGGCAACGAUACCAGAUCCAGAAGAUACAAAACCUGCAGAUUGGGAUAAACCAGAGCAUAUUCCUGAUCCUGAUGCAACCAAACCCGAAGAUUGGGAUGAUGAAAUGGAUGGUGAAUGGGAGCCGCCCAUGAUUGACAACCCAGAAUUUAAGGGCGAAUGGCAACCCAGGCAGCUCGAUAAUCCCAACUACAAAGGACCUUGGGAGCACCCUGAAAUAAACAAUCCCGAAUACACACCUGAACCAAAUUUGUAUCUACGAAAAGAAAUUUGCAUAGUAGGUUUGGACCUAUGGCAGGUAAAAUCAGGAUCAAUUUUUGACAACAUACUUGUAACUGACGACAUUGAGAUGGCCAUACAAAUUUCGGCUGAUGUAAAAAAAACUCAAGAAGGCGAAAGAAAAAUGAAAGAAUCUCAAGAUGAAGAGCAAAGAAAAAAGGAAGAAAAUGAACAAAAGUCAUCAUAUUCGGAGGAUGAGGAUGACAAUGAUAAUGAAGACAAAGAGGAUAUACCAGAGCAAGAUGAUCUAAAUAGUGAUCACGACGAGCUGUAAUAUUCCAACUGUGAUUAGUUAUUCCAUCAAAAUCAACAUAACUAGCAAAAAUUUGAAAUAAAAUCUUUCUUAAUUGAAUACAUCAAUAAAUAUUCUAACCAGAA